UCCCCGCUCGGGAGGCGCGGCGGGAGCGCAACUAUCACUCUGGCAUCACCAUCAGUUGCUCUCCGGCGACUUUAACGCCUCCGCGUGACAGUCACGCGCAGAGCGGAUGAACUAGUGUGGAGUGGUCGCGAGAGACAUCAGCCCAGUGUCUCUUUGGGGGAAUUACGCACUUUUGACGACUUUCUCCCGAGUGUGGUUUUGAGAUGGGACGCGGCACGACAAUGGCGCACUGGAGCACAUCGCUAUUGCGCGAGUUCUGUUUCUUCACCCGGCUCCGGGAGACUGGUGUUCUGGCGCUGCAGUAGCCCCCCUCAACCCCGUGCAUCAGCGUGUUUGUGCCCGGGCUGCGGGAACUAGACGGGAGGCUCAGAAGGAUUGCCCCGCUCAGUGGAAACACUGGGGAGUUGAAGCCGAAAGUGGAAAAGCGCUCAACUAUAUCACCUGGAUCCUUUACAACAACACGCGAUCAUGACAUCGAGUUUAUAGAAUUAGUGAGCUGCAGUCAGCACGGAUAAAAAAGGAGUUACAACGGGAGGAAGGCAUCAACAUUGUCAGAGCAGGGAAGGAGGAAAGAAACCUGCUAAAGGGUCUUCUUCUGUUUGAGGCGAGGAAGAGGAGAAGCAGCAGCAGCAGCACCAGGAGGAGGAGGGGGAGGAGGAGGAGGGGAGCUAAGGUGUGCGUGUUUGCAGCCAUGGCCUGUGUACCCUGUCCAUAGAGGAUCUACUCAGUGGAAGACAGAUCAGAGAAGACAGAGACAGCCAACAGGAUGCGUCUGUGGGGGAGGUCAGCUUGGCCUGUGCAGGUGGCCUUCCUCGUUGCCUUGGUGAUGCUCUUCGUCGACCCGGUGUCCGCUGGCAGCCGUGACCAUCGGGGACCGACAGUCUCAUACCAGGUGAAGCAAGGAACAUGCGAGGUGGUGGCCAACCAUCGCUGCUGUAAUAAGAAUAAGAUUGAGGAGCGCUCUCAAACCGUCAAGUGUUCCUGUUUCCCCGGGCAGGUAGCAGGCACCACCAGAGCAAGACCCUCCUGUGUGGAAGCCUCCAUCGUAGUCCAGAAGUGGUGGUGCCAGAUGCAUCCGUGUAUGGACGGAGAGGAGUGUAAGGUCCUGCCGGACCUGACUGGCUGGUCCUGCAGCACUGGCAAUAAAGUCAAAACCACCAAGGUCACACGAUAGCAAGAGAGACAAUGAGCCAAGAGGAAACCUGAAGCUCUCCAUGUGCCCAGGCUGGAUGACUCACACAUAUUUGCUGUACGAUGGGGGGAAUAAUAAAGGAAAGGACAACGUCAGGCCAUCCAUCACAAAACAAUGGAAUAAAAUGCACUCAUCACAAACUAUGUACUCUUGGGUACAUGGAGCCACGUGUACAGCUUACACAGUAUGCUGUGUGUGGAGAACAAUGGACUACAAUCAUGGAAACCCAGGGUAAAUCUGGAC